CACGCAGAGGGACAAAAACACGAGGCAGCAAGGAGCCGUUGUCAUCUCCAAGGUGGAAAACUAAAACCACCCAUUGAGAGUAGGGAGGCUUACCAUUACCACAAACCAAGAACAAGUGAAAUUGAAAAAUGCCUACCUUGAAUCUCUUCACUAACCUACCAGUGGAUGCAGUUACCACCUCUGAUAUUCUCAAGGAUGCCACCAAAGCUGUUUCUAGAAUCAUUGGCAAGCCUGAAUCCUAUGUGAUGAUUGUGCUCAAUGGAGGAGUGCCUAUUGCAUUUGCCGGCACUGAAGAACCAGCUGCAUACGGAGAGUUGAUCUCAAUUGGAGGCCUUGGGCCAAGUGUUAAUGGAAAAUUGAGUUCAACUAUUGCAGAAAUCCUUCAAACAAAGCUCUUUAUAGAUAGCUCUCGCUUCUACAUAAAAUUUUACGAUGUUCAGCGCUCUUUCUUUGGCUUUAAUGGCUCAACUUUCUGACCAGGUUCAUUUCUAAGGUGAGGAAGAAACUUUGCUAGUCCAAAAUCUCCAAUAUAAGCUACCAUAUCAUUGUCAAGAAGAAUAUUGCUUGGCUUUAGAUCACAAUGAACAAUUGGCUGGUGACAAUGGUGAUGAAGAUAAUCUAGCCCAUUCCCAACAUCUAUAGCAAUGCUCAAUCUCUGCAAAAGACUUAGACUUGGUUGUUCAUCAAUUAGGUCAACACAUCUUUCUAAGUCUGUAUGUAACUUCUUCUUUAAAUUCCCAUUGGGCAUGUAGUCAUAAACAAGUGCCCUAAAAUCAUUUCCUUUGAAAUCAAUACUGGAGCAAGACGACAUUAACUUGACAAGAUUUCGAUGACGUACAUUUCUCAAGGCUUUGCAUUCAGCUAUAAAAGUGUUUGCAGCGCCUCGUUGUUGAAGGUUGAGUACUUUCACUACAGCAAUUGCUCCAUCCUCCUCAAAAGUAGCUUUAUAGACAGAUCCAAAACAACCCACGCCAAUCAAAUUUGCUGAAGAGAACCCGUCAGUUGCCUUAAGAAUCAUUUCAUAUGAAAUCCUCUGAAAUGAAUUUAUUUCUAAGGAAGUGGGAGAUUGGUCUCUUUUCUU